GUAGCUAUUAUACCCUGCCUCAUUCACAUGCAAAUCAUAUCAAAAUUUCAUUCUUUUUGCCUUGACAUGAAUCAAAACCAGCUUCAGCCCCUUCCUCUCCUUAGUAGCUUCUUAGGUUCAUCUCCUGAAGAAUCUUUGCUACAAAACCAAAAUGAAAAUCCUAAUGCAUGCCAUGCUCAAGUUGAGGAUGUUACAGUGGCCUUACACAUAGGCCUCCCUGACCAUUCAAGUGGCUCCAAUUCCACCAAUAAUCAUGGAUUUGUGAAUGCCACAACUCAAGUUCCUAACAAUUACUGGAUACCAACUCAGGAGCAGAUCCUCAUUGGGUUUAGCCAUUUCUCUUGUCCUGUGUGCCACAAAACCUUCAACCGCUACAACAACCUUCAGAUGCAUAUGUGGGGACAUGGGUCACAGUAUCGCAGAGGCCCAGACUCACUGAAACGAACCCAUCCACGGCCCUUGUUGGACCUUCCAUGCUACUGUUGCGCAAGAGGGUGCAAGAACAACAUCGAGCACGCACGUGCCAAGCCUCUGAAGGAUUUUCGCACGCUUCAAACACACUACAAGAGGAAGCACGGUUCCAAGCCCUUCACGUGCCGCAAGUGUGGCAAGCCUCUGGCCGUGAAAGGUGACUGGCGAACCCACGAGAAAAACUGUGGCAAACGAUGGCUUUGUAUCUGUGGUUCUGAUUUCAAGCAUAAGAGGUCACUUAAAGACCACAUAAAAGCCUUUGGAUUUGGUCACACCCCUUUUUCUUCUUUUUCUGAUGGUAUGUAAUUAAUUAAACAUGCAUGGCACAAAACUUAUUAUAUGGCUCCUUUAGUGUUGUUGGUUGUACAGUUUUCCAAUCAGAAUUCAAGUUUCAACUUCAUAUUUUGCAUAAUUAUUUAACGCAAAUUUUAAUUAUGCAAGUUAUCGAGGUGUGAAACUGACUUUGAUCGAAGAACGGUACAAACAUGCACUUUAUUAUAACGACUUAUCUUGUCUUAAUUUCUAGUACUUAGACAAUUUAAGGGUGAUCUCUAUGUUGUUAUCAAUUAAUAAUGAAGAGGAAUGAGUUUUUCUUAAGUUAUGUUACUGUGUUAGCAUUUAAAUAGAGAGGAAUAAGAAGGGAGACAGGGUAAAGAAACUGAGAAUUUGAUUCCAAUUUAUUGAUUC